AUGAAGGGGUACCCUCACGGGAACUACGGCAAUGCCGACCGGGCGACAGCCAGAUCGCUAGCCUUAUCUGUGAAGCCAUCCGCAAGGGGGGGAUAUAGUGUGCCAGUGAACCAUGGAACCCGAGUGUGGCUGCCCAGUGCCCAUCGCACUAUCCUUAAUAUCGGCAUUUGGUAUUACUUACUCCAUGUGGAGGACUCCAUCACGAUGAUCGCUCUGCCCACAAAAGCAAUGUGGCUGAAGGGAGCGAAACAAAAACCGGAACGGAAUCCAGGGCGUGAGCUGAUUAGUCACAUGCCGAUCCGUGAUUCGUAA